GAACCGAUACGGUCGUCCUUCUUGGCAUGCUAACUUUCGAUGGGCCAGCCAACUUGCAACAAGCUUGUGUCACAGUUCGGAGCAGCCUCCAAAUUGGUGGUGAUGAUUUGGAUGAUGACGCGCACAUCAUCUUUGUAAAUUGCCAUAACCAGGGGCACAAGUCCUUCGGUGGUGGGCUCUAUGUCGGAGAGGACCUCACCAUGGUAUCGGGCUCCUUAGAGAUAGAGCACAGCAGUAGCUUCAAAGGCGGUGGCGGGCUUUACAUUCGCAAGGGAAACUUGCAUCAAGAUGGUGGUAUCAUCAAACUGCAGUACGUCUACUCAAACCGCUCCGGUGGGGGCCUUCUGAUCGAACGUGGUGGGCUUUUUCAGGCCAAGGGCGAGAUCAGCUGCGAGCAAUGCAGAGCCGAACGUGGCGGCUGCCUGGCCCUCAAUGGCACGGAAAGCCCUGGCUUGCACUCCAAUGGAUCCAUCCGAGCAGAAAGCUGUGUGGUGCAGUCAGGUCCGAAUGUCUAUGAGUGCAAUAAUCAUGCUGUGUUCUUGAGACCACUUCUGUAA